AUGCGGAUAACAAACUCGUACGAAGCUGAAAUAUUUCUUAUAUUCGCCAAUGAUACAAGGGGAUCACCUGUUUCGUCACAACCAAGGACAUGGGCAUCCAAAUCUCCAAGAAAGAGCAGAAACUUCGGCAUCCGCGCGUCUUCCACUUGCACACUCAACUUUGACGACCUCAAAAUACCCGCUGAGAACGCAACGGGUGAGCGGACAGGCGAUCGAGACUCGAAGAUUGGCGCGAUAUACGAGGGGACGUCGAAUAUCCAGCUGCAAACGAUUGCCAAGUUUGUUCAGAAGGAGUAUUCGUAA